AUUUAAUUUCAUGAUGAAUUAUUUUAAUGCUGCCUUUAUGGUCUUUUUGACUGUACAAAUUACUUAUUCAGCUCAUACACUUAACUUAGUGUAAGAUGAAUAAGCAUUAUGCUUAGAUGGAUCAAGAGGAGUAUGAUUAUUAUAAAAUAUAAAAAGUCAUUUUAUUUUGAUAGAGGAAGUGGAAGUGGAGCUAAGUCUUGGAUUAUUUAUUUUCAAGGAGGAGGUUGGAUAGGCGGAAAAAGUUUAGAAGCUACAAAAAAUGAUGCCUUAUCAAGAUCUAAAACUGAAAUGGGAUCAUCAAAAAAUAAGGCCUAAUAAGUAAAUAUAGGUGGAAUCUUCUCAAGAGAUUCUAAGAUAAAUCCUGUGUUAUAUAAUUGGAAUUCUAUUUAUAUUAACUAUUGUGAUGGAACAGGUAAUGAUUAUAUAUUGAUCUCUUAGGACAUUAAGGAUAUGCUAAAGAUCCUAUAAUUGUUAAUGGAGUCAAUCUUUAUUUUAGAGGUAAUUCAAUUACAAGAUCUAUCAUAAAUUAAUUCUUGAAUGAAUUAACUUAAGCUGACAAAGUAAUUGUAUCUGGAUGCUCAGCAGGAGGAUUAGCAUCUUUUACUUGGGUAUAAACAAUCAGAGAUUUAUUACCAUAAAGUGUAACAGUAUUGAAGUACUCUUAAUUGUUAUUUAUUAUAUAGUGUACCAGAUUCUGGAGUGUUUUAAGAUUUAUAAACAUAUGAUGGUUCAAUUUCUUAUAAAAAUACUUAUCAUACUAAUUUCAUGUAAUUGUCAAAUAGUGAAUUAUCUCCACCAAAUACUAGAUGUGUCUAAUCUAAUCCAAAUGAAUAAUGGAAAUGCUUAUUUGCUUAAUAUUUAAUAGAAUAUAUUGAUACCCCAAUCUUUUUUGUAUAAUCACCAUAUGAUUCAUGGUGUAUUCCAAAUAUUUUGAAAUUAUCAUGUGCAAAUGAUGGAACAUUAUUAAAUUGCAAUUAAAAUUAAGUAAAUUUCAUUGAAAGUCAUGCUAUAAGUAUGGAAGUGAUGAUGAAAUCAAGAUUCUCUACUCAUUAUAAUACUGGUGCUUUUGGACCUGCCUGUUUAUAACAUUGGUAUAAAAUAUCAAUUUAUUAUUUUAUAGUUUUCUUGAAAGCUCUUAUUAUCAUGGUACAAAAUUCUAAGUUCCUUCAGGAUCAGGAAAUACAAUUGCCAAGACUUUAUCAUCAUGGGUUUUAGAUUAAUCUAUCUCAUCCAAUUAUUUAGACUUUGUAUCAUGGCCUGAUAAUACUGGAUGUAAUAAUUUAUCCAUAGAUAAUUGA